AUGAUGCCCAUCACGUCAUACACAUCCGUCGGAAUUCCCGGGAGCACUCCUUCUUGCUCUAUGCCCAAUGCCAUGUUCACGCCAAGCAUGUUAACUCCACCAGGUCAACCGCAACAACUUCAUCCGGGCCCGGGUCCGCAGCAGUCGCCUGUUCAACAACAACACCAGCAACAACAACUGGUGUUCUCCGGUGCGUCGGGGAAUUUUUUCCUUGCUCAAUCCUCUGCCGUUGGUGCAUCGCCUAUGGGGACGCCGGUUAUGCUUGCUCCUGGUCAGGGGAAUCCUGGUGGUACCUUUAUGGUGGCACAACCUGUACCCCAGUCGGCUGUUCCCGGGGCUUCAAUAGCUGCAUCCGCCCCACCCAAUUGUAUUAUCCGUUUACCAGAUGGCCGCUUGGUUAUGCCAGCAACCGCUCCAACCCCUGUCGGUUUUAGUCCUUCUGCCAUGUCUCGAUUGCCAACCGGUCCUACAGCAUAUUAUUCUGUCCCAAUGACCAGUGGAACACCAGUUUCUGCCAAUCCAUCUCAACAACCCCAGCCAACUGCUGGUUUGGUGAAUCCUAACCCUGGACAGGCUUUUUUCAUUCAGGUUCCAUCUAAUCCUGGUAGUGGUUUCGGUGGCACAAUGAUUACCACUGUCUCCACGGCCUCAUCAAUGUCAUUUCAAUCUCAACCUCACCAGUCAACCGGUUUGCUCAAACCAGCACAAGCUCUGUCCUGUGUCGGAUCGUCACCAUUUCAAACCCGACAUCCCGUCCUGAUGCCUGUUGCCGUAUCUAGUCCUCAAACUCCUUGUAUCAUGUCACCCAAAACCUCCGGAACAUCCAGUCCUAAUACAAUAAAUGCUACAACAAAUCAACCAGGGAAUCCCACUUUAGUUCAAUGCACUGCGCCCGCUUCCUUGGAUGCACAACUGGCCUCACCGAAACUGUGCUCCAUGGUCGGUGUUAGCUCAGCCCCGGUUCAGAAUUUCCAAUCCUUAGCACCCAGUGGUAUGGCCGUAGCUCGUCUUCCAAAUGGAACCUAUACCACACUGGCCUACAGCCGACCACAAACUCCGACCAAUGUGCAAGCCAAUUGUACCACUCCGGGUGGAAAUGCACCUAUGCCUUCGAUGGCGACCAAUCCUACCGUGGGAUCCGGUCCGGCCCAACGGAAAUCAUCUGUAUCUGCCCGUUCCAAUCCUCGACCCCGAUUGCCUGCAUCCCCGGCGUCUGUGGACAGUGGUGAAGUGCUUCGACGCCUGGAUGAACAAAUUGCUCUUCAUCAAAAUACGCCCAAUCCGAAUGAAAUGCAAUCGGCCAAGUUGAAACAACUGAUUGAAGCACGUAACCAAUUAGCCAAGACCAUGGCAACUACGGGCAAUACACGACAAACGGACAGUCCGAACACCACAACAACAACUGGCAAUCGCCGCCAGUCGUGUCCCCAGACUCCAUCGAUUUCUCCUUCUCUGCGUCGUGAGCUGCUAAACAUGCUCGCAAAAAACAAUUUACUUCCAGCCUCCGUUAACCCAACAUCCGCAGAGACAUUUGUAGUUGAGUUCCGACUUAAUCAACAACAAUAUCGGUUACGAUUAACCCGAGCCCAGAAAACGGAUAUGGAACGUCUACUCUAUAGUGUCCGAUCGCAACGGCAAGCUGAAAUCCUCACAGUGCUGCAACAAGAACAAAAUCGGUUUAUGUCUUCCCGUCCCCGAAUCGCCAUGGCUGCAGCUACCCCAACAACUUCGAUCGCUACCACCAGUACCACCGCAAGCCCUGGCAUGUUCGUCGCUCCCAAUCCGUCGGUUAAUAUAGCUGGAAUAUCCAACCCAAAUCCUGCAUUCGGACCAACUCCUACCCUGGUUUCCCAACCAAUGCGACUGCAAGGCCCAAUUCAGUCAUUUGCUCCAACUCAGCCUAAUGCAAUCGGAAUGCAGACACAUGCCUUUGGUCAGGCAGCAGCUCCUGGGUUGCGGUUGGUUGCAACGAGACCAGUUCUCCAACCAGCUACGGGAAUGGCUGGAUCGUUGAUACGAGGCACGGUAAAUCCCUCUGCUACUGGAUUGUGUACUCCCGCCGGAGCUCCAGUUGGGACAAAUAACGCCGCAGGUGUAUCCACUGCUCCUGUGAUGGGUGUAGUUACCGCUCUGGCCAUGUCACCUAUGACUGCCCAGGGAUCAGGUACUCCAAUUUUCGCAUCUAAUCUGGGUCCAACAGGUGCGACUACCGUUGUCCCUCACGCCGUCUCUGCACUGCCGGUUUCUGGUCCGGCUGUCGUCCCAGGCACAAUGGGCAGCAAUAAUAACAGUAACACCGGGACUGCUGGGCCUGGUCUGUUCCUCUCCUCUUUCCCUCCCUCCUUAUCCGGAUCGCAGACAUUUGUGAUGCAGCAAUCUGUGAUGGUACCCAGCUCAACCGGACCGAUGUCCCUUCCAGCGAACUGUGCACUCAUACAACAAUCACCCACACCAACCCAAUCCACUAGUAUACAACCGAUCCCCCAAUCGGUUGGUACACCACAGGCAGCACCUCCAUCGAUUCAACCGGCUCAACCACAACAAUCCCAUAUUCAACCGCAACAGUCCCACGUGACUGCAUCCCAACCGAUCCGAACUCCGACUCCUAUUCAGGCCGCUCCGUCUCCGCCCACUCGUGCUGUGUUGGGUCUUUCCCUGCAACAGGCCGCCCGACUCAGUCGUAUGCGAGCCUGUUUGUCGCACGAUCUGAAGGCGUCCGUGGAAAAACCCUCGUUAGAUAUGGAGAAUAUGGAGAAGCCACCACUGCCCACGGAAUUGCUGCAAACCUUGGCAUCGUAUCACGUUCUUCGUGAUGCAGAUAAUACAGAAGAGGCUUUGAAUAAGGUGGAAAAGGUCUUGGACACCUCGAUCGCCUUGCUGUUUGAAAGGAAGCGUCAAACCAUCCGGGCCGUGGAUGCAUUGCUUUUUAGGCAAACCAUGGAACAAUUGCAACCACCAGUUGAAGAUAGACUUCUCCUCGCACAGAUGGCUCUUGAUUUGGAUCGUGACGUGUUGGCCUCAGAAAGACAGGAUUUCUCCGAGGUUUUGGCUGAAAGCGAGGACGACGUUUUAAGGGAGUCAAAGACGAACUUCAAUGGUGAUGCAGUUCGGAAAAUAGAUUCGCCGAACCCGGCAACCGAUCGCAAAGGGGGUUAUUUGCGGCAUGCCACUUCGGUCCUAUCGCCCGCUUGGCAAUCCAUGCUUGGCCCGUUGGCUUUCUUACGUCCGCUUGUAUUUGAUUCCAAUGGACGUGCUUCGUACGCCUCCCUUGAUCUGCCAGCGACCGAGAAUGAUUCGCAGUCACCGAUGGAUGAGUCUAAAUACCCGUCUGAUACUCACGAAAACGGCUCAAAGGAUGAACAACUGCUAUCAAGUCCGGGGAAAGAGAAUGCAGACCAGGCAUCUGUCUGCAUCCCUAAUGACGAUGGUGAUAAUUGUGUACACCGGCAACGACCUGAAUUAGACGAGGAUGAUGUAGAUGUAAUGUCUGACGAUGUCGAGGCAGAUCUGCUGCUUGGUCUAGGCACACGACAGUCACGUGGUUCAGUCGGCUCUGAUCCAAUGGGUGUUACAAAUGGUAGUUAUGCGUGCUUACAUGCUGGACAGCAACGUGGCGGUUCGGUCGUCGGUGUGAGCAAACGUAGCCGGGACAAAUGUGUGGCGUUCGAGGAGACGUACAAUCUGUGGCAAGAAUUGAUGCGUGAAGAAGGCAUGGACAUGGAUAUGGGUGAAAACGGAGAGGAUGAUGGUGGGAUAGGUGCGGAUACAUUGGAUGCCUCUUUGGAUAGUGCUCCGGGGUCCAUGAUCCCAGAGAACUCUGGAAGAAACCCGCUACGAACCCCGGACAACGGACCCGGAGGAUUGACGGUUGGUAUGCAGCAUUCCGAAGAUCCGGACAUCGACGCAGCAAUUCGAAGCAUUCUUUCCACAACCAACUGA